AUGUUGUACCGAACAGCAGCCGCUCGCUCUAUUCUGAGGGCAGCAUCUAACUCCAAUGUCUCAAUGACACGCUCGGCUUUUUCCAGCACCAUAUUCAAGGCCCCAUUGACAUCAUCUGUCCGUCAACCUCCUUUCCCUCGAUCCACAUCGCUAGCCCUGGCUACCCGCAAACCUACCGCCACCGCUCUGCUUCGAUAUGCCUCGACGGCUGCUGUCAAAACAAGCGAUGCGGUGCCAAAAGCCGUGGAGGAGGAGGACAUUGAUAUGAUGGCUGGUGUAAGAAACGACAUAAAAGUUAUCCAGGACACCUUCAGCCUUCAGGACGUUCCCAAAGAAGCUCUCUUUCUUGGAAUGGCCGGCGUCCUUCCAUACGUUGCUACUUCUCUCGGAGCCUCUUUUCUCUCCUGGGAAAUGAACAAUGCCAUCGCUACCGGCACCGGUCACUAUAUUUCUGGCGCAACAUCGGAGAUGUUGAUGGGUAUAAUUGAACCCGUCCAGAUUGGAUAUGGUGCAGUUAUCCUCUCCUUCCUUGGCGCCAUCCAUUGGGGUCUGGAAUGGGCUGGUUACGGUGGUCAUGUUGGUUACAAGAGGUAUGCUUUUGGCGUCGUCGCGCCUGCUGUCGCCUGGCCUACCCUCUUCAUGCCCGUUGAGUACGCCCUGAUCUCUCAAUUCUUCGCCUUCACCUUCCUGUACUACAACGAUGCCCGCGCCGCGGUUAAGGGCUGGACACCAUCGUGGUACCACAUGUAUCGUUUCGUCUUGACGUUCGUGGUCGGCGCCAGCAUCGUUAUGAGUCUGGUUGCCCGCGAGAAGUUGUACAUGCAUUACGAAUCCCGAUCAGACCUCGUUGAGAAAUGGAAGCAUUUGGAGCAGCGGCUAAAAGAGACCAAGGCAGUUAAGGAGGCCGGGUCCAGUGAGGAGUAA